UUUAUUUUGACUUGGGUGGCAGUGAAAUGGGUCUCUACUGGUCUCACCUCUUCCUCUCCUGCCACCCCCCCCCCCCUUUUUUUUUGCCAGUGGAACAGAUGGGAAGGUGCAAUACCCUGAAGUCUUAGUUGGCAUAAAAAAGAAAUAGUUUUUGUCCAAGCUGUGUGUGUAUAUAUAUAUAUAUGCACAUAUAUAUGUACUCAGCUGAUUUUUCCCCCUGCUACUGAGACAAUCAAAUUAAUGCAACUGCAGAGGUGGAUUUAUGGAUUUAGCUAUAUAAAUGGUUGUGUAUCAGCCUAUUGCCAUAAACGCCAAGGAUUAGAUAAUCCAAAAAUCCCUUUAGCUGACAUAACAGCGACACUAAUACAAUUAAUUACCUUACCCUUCUACCCUAAGGGAAAGGCCCACGGUCUUUGGUCUGUGCUGAUGUGGAAGAGCGAUACCUUUGUGAGGGCAAAGUCCUCCAGAGCAUUGCGCCUGCGAGGAGCACCGCGAACCAAGGUCGUGGGGGUUGAGACUUUCCUGCUGCUUGUUACAUGCUCCACGGCAAGUCGAAAUUCCGCACUCGUUGCCUAAACUCAGGGACAUGAAGCCUUUCGGGAAGGCUUUCGAGAGGAAGAGCUAGUAGACUUCCCUGAAGUUGAUAAGAGCUUCUCUGAGAAGACAAGAAGGGCCUGGAGGACCUGUGAUAGCAAGCAACUGUUCUCAGAUACCUGCAUUAAAUUUCAGCUCUGCUUUUCUGCCAGCUGCUGCAGAGCAGAGGAUUAGCAGACAUGUCCAUAGCACUGAAGCAAGUCUUUAAUAAAGAUAAGACUUUCCGCCCAAAACGCAAGUUUGAACCUGGAACCCAGAGGUUUGAACUUCACAAACGAGCGCAGGCCUCUCUGAACUCAGGCGUGGACUUGAAAGCGGCUGUGCAGUUGCCCAGUGGAGAAGACCAAAAUGACUGGGUGGCUGUCCAUGUUGUUGACUUCUUCAACAGGAUCAACCUCAUUUAUGGAACUAUUUGUGAGUUCUGCACAGAGAGGACCUGCCCAGUGAUGUCUGGAGGCCCCAGGUAUGAGUACCGGUGGCAGGAUGAUACGAAGUACAAGAAGCCCACGGCAUUGCCAGCACCCCAGUAUAUGAAUCUUCUCAUGGACUGGAUCGAGGUGCAGAUCAACAAUGAGGAUAUAUUUCCUACAAAUGUAGGUGUUCCUUUCCCAAAGAACUUCCUUCAGAUCUGCAAGAAGAUACUCUGCCGGCUUUUUCGGGUGUUCGUUCACGUCUACAUCCAUCACUUUGACCGUAUCAUCCUUAUGGGGGCUGAGGCGCACGUCAAUACUUGUUACAAGCAUUUUUAUUACUUUGUGACAGAGCUGAACCUCAUAGACCGCAAAGAACUAGAGCCUUUGAAAGAGAUGACAAGCAAGAUGUGUCACUAAAAAGUUACCAACCGAAGAAAAGGAAAGUCCGGUUUCCUUCUUACUGCAGAGUUCAAGAACGUGACAGCCCUCAUGCACUGAGCUUGCAUAUUAACCCAUGAAAACAGGGAACCACAGUUACUUUCACAAAUGCUUCCCACCACUGUCAGUGCUCUUAAUCCUGGAUAUGCUGCGAGGAACUUCAUCUGAUUUACACGGAUUAUUGAGAAAAAGAAGAACCAGCUUCAGAUUAGUUCUAGCUCUAGGGGAUAAGAACCUCUUCAGCCAUGAAUGACAGACUGUACUUCUGCUGCUAGAGCUUUACUGAAAUUCAGAUCCCUGGGCUGACCUCCAGAUUAGUUGUUCUGAAACAGAAUCGUAUUGUUAGCCGCAGUGGUUUUUUUUUUUCCUUUUGUUUCUUGGUAUGUGCUUUGUUUCCUAAGUGCAGCAGAAUAUUAAGAUGCUCUGGAAUCACAAAAGACUUUUAGCCUUUUAAUGCUCCCUACCCCUCACCAGGCCCUCCAAGGCUUGGCCAUCUUUCCCAAAUGCCAGCAAGCCUUGUAUUUCCAGGAUCACAGCUGUGUCCUUCAGCUGAUCAGGCAGUUUGUUCUUCAUUGUGACUCAGAAUUGUGUGACAAUGGGACCGCUUCUGAUCUCAGUUACAUGAGUAGGCAUCCAGAUAUAGCAUUGCGGUGUUGAAGUCUUUUCUUUGAAUUCAUACUGACUGAAAGCAAAUCUGCUCGAUAUCUCCAAAUUACAUAAAAAAACAGCUAUAGUCGGCAUUUUCCUAAGUACCCUAUGAAGUACACCAAUCUGUCAUGUAAUAUGAUAUCCUCACAUCCUCUUAGAAUCCCUCUCAUUCAUCUUAAAAUUUAAUCUUUCCAGGGAAAAAGAAAUUUAAUUUUAAUAACUAGGAGAAAGCUACAGUAAAGAUGAGCAAUAUAUUAUAAAGAUAGAGCAGGAGGGAACGAGUGAAGGUCUCUGUUGCAUCUAAACAGUGUCCAGCAGUGUGGUUUGCUUCCCACACUGGACUGACACAACGGGUUUUUUUCCAGUACUCAGUCCAACUUAAAUAACACAUGUAUGGACAGCCUGGAUGGAUCCAUCACAGUGAAUCAAGUGUUCUAUGCCAAAUAUGCCCCGAUAAGCGGCUUUCUUCUGAAAAAAAGAAAAAAAAAAGAAAAAAAAAAAAGAGAAAAAAAAGCCCACGCCUUACUUAACAGAGAGAUCACAAGAAAGAUACAGCUGGAUAAAUGGGAAUCAAGUGGAACACACCUAUCUAUUCUGUGCCUUGUGAUGAAUUUUGCACAUUUGUGUUAUUCUGAAAGAUUACUCCUUCCUGAGUUAAGUGCUGAACCCUGUUGCUGCCUUCCCCUCAAGUGAGUUAGGUAUGUUUACAUCUUCUGAGACAGUAUCAGAAGCAAAUCUUGUAGAGUAUCCAGUGAUUUGAAUAUUUAGAAUAGAGGGGUAGAAGACACUAGGGAAUAACAGCUAACUUUUUCUAGCUUGUAUUGUGGUACCUUCUGAUUUGCUUGCCUCCUUGCUUAAAAUAGGGCUUGUAAAUGUUAGUGAUCAUGUCCUUGCUGGGACAAAGGGCUUUCGUCUAUGAACAAAACAGUGUAGCUACGGUGAAGGUCUUUCUGCGUCUUUAGAAUUAUGCAAGCAGCAUUAUCCUUUUCAUUCAAGGGGAUGGACUGAAGUGUGCCUACCUCCUUCGGUAGUCUUUGCAAUCAGGUUAAUUCUUUGAAGAUUAGAAUGCACACACAGAUAAUUUCUGGCCUUCUGGCACUUCUGCAGGAUGUAACUAGCUUGUGGAAUUAAUUGCCAGAGCUACUGCUGAGCUUCGUUGCCUCAUUUUCAAGAAAGUGAGAAAUGUUUCAUCUUUGGAAGAAAGUACAUGGUACCUGUGGGUGACAAGUGCCUGGAAUUACAGCAUCGGUUGUGUAUGAAAGGGUUUCUUGUAGUCAUUCAAAGUGCCUGGGCUGUUGCACUGUUGGAGAUGGAGCUGUAUCUGAUACAGUGCUCUUGAAUUUCACUGUGGUCAGUUGACAUGUGGUGUUCUUACGGCCGAGCAGUCCUGCAGUGCUAUAUUUUAAAGAGCAACAUGAAGAUGCAAAUGUGUAGAAUUUUGUACAUAAAGAUCUGAGUCACUACAUAAAUUGAAAAUGUGGUGUUUAAUGCACAAAAUAAUUUAUUCAUUUUAUUAUGCAGCUUACACUAUACUAUUUUGAGUCUAUUCACUGUAGUUCAGUCUAAUGGUACAGCAGAAUUUGUUCCAAGUUACUUUCAGUUAUUUUUUAUUAACCUUUUUUGUGAAUGCAGAACUUAUCUGUUGGAUUAUUUUCCUUUUUCUAAAACUGUUUUUCAUAAACUCAUGUGUUUCCUUUUCUAGUGCAGCACACUGUAUGGGGCAAAGGAGGGAAAUGCAGAGUUGAACCCUAGAGGAUUUGUGUUUGACUUGACCAAAAUUCCUGUAAUGGGUGGGAAUGCCCAUCGCAACCUCAGAGCUGAACCAGCCACAGAGAAAUGCAAAAUGUACCUGUUUUCAUUUCCCAUUCUGCUGGGAAGAUCAUGGACUUCAGUAGGUGAUGAAAUAAACUUCCUCAAGUGGCAGGGUUUGGCCUUCAGCCAAAUAUCUCCCAACAGGUCCUCUUGCUUCCACUGCAGAGAUAUUCAGACAUGGCCUGGACAUCUCAUGCCAAUGGGCCAUUUCUCCUUUUCCUGUGCCUGGUAUUUGAGAUCUCAAUACAAAUACUGUCUGGGAUGUGACAUCACUACGUGAAAGUACCACAUUACCCCUUCCUGUAGAGGGGAGAGGGCAGCAUCCUGUUGGAUCUUGUGUUCAAGGAUUCCAGCUUCAUCAGUAAUUUGCUGAGGACCUCACUGGGGCAGAGCUGUGUUUCGGUUGUUAAUUUCAGGUCCUGAUUUAUGUGAUUCCUCAGGAUGUGCAAUGAGAACUGAGUUUAAAAGUGAUUGUAUACAGAGGCAUCCAUUUCACCUACUGAGAAAAUCUUUCUACCUGAUCUUAAAUAUGUAUGUUCUCCAUCAUCCCAGAAUUUCCUGUUGUUCCGGGAUUGGGGUGGGGAGGUGUUGCUGUUUGUGUUUGUUUUCUCUUUCUUUUGUUUAAAUAACCAUUCUAAUCUUUCAGUUGGGUCUUGUUUUUCUUGCUUAAAACCAAUAUUUUUUUAGUCUGGUACUUAAGCUUGAAGGCACUGCUAGAGGGAUCAUUUCAGCUGACUGAGACCACAGUCAGCUUAACUUUCAGAGUGUGAAAGGUUCCUGUGAUACCAGAAUUGCCUUCAGUGAUUAAAGACUUAAUAGCUUUCAUUGAUUGUCUCUGUAAUAAGGGAUUUUGUAAUGAACUUCUGCUUUGUGUGAAUGUAGACUAGUGCCAUUGUAGUGACAAAUGUAUUAUAACAUGAAACAAAUAUUAGCGUAGCCUCCCUCAGGUUUUAUGAUGGAUGGAGUCCCAGGGUUUAUCAAAGGAGGGUUUUUUUUACUGAUACACAGCAUUGAAACUGAUGAUUUCCAUCAGAUUUGAGAAACGUGGGGUACUUAGGAAAACUUGAGUUUUCUCCAAGAACUGAAGCUCUAAGCAGCAAAACUGACACCAGACAAGGUAUUUCAUUCUCCUGACCACUGGAUUCAUUAAGAACAAGGCAGGGAGAGAAGAGGAAGGUAAAGCGUAACUUGAUGGAGACCUGCAAACAACUACUCAAGACCUGAGGAGUAAACAUUGUCCCAGUGAUCAUGUGCAAGAAAACUCCUGGGGCUCAGUGUAAAGGGCACAGAAAACGGUACCCUUUGUAACUGGGGAGCCACUGUUACCCAGUCUGUAUUAACAAUAGACUAAAAGGGUCUUUUUAGCACCUUCGUGCUUCGGGUUGAACCAAUUAUGCAUUCUGGAGGCGUCUCACAAAAAGCCAUUCCUCCCUUUUGCGUUUUACCUUUUUGGUGUGUUCUUCAGGUUUCUCACGUUUUCCGGGAGCGAGGUCUCGGAGCUGGCUUUCCGCCUUCUGAGCCCUUUGCUACCCCGAGGGCAAUGUCAUUACGAGAAGUAGCUCUCUCACCUCUCUCUCUGCCUCCAGAAAGGAUACCUCUCACCUGCGCCCUCUGAGGAGAGGCCACCAAGGGUUGGGUUUGAGUUACCUCUUCAGAAGAGCAGGAGUAGAGAGCAGGAGGUACCUGCAAGCACUGUGAAACAGGAUGCACUAUCUGUAAACUAUGUGUAAAACAGGAACGUUCUUUCAGUGCUUUAAAAAGGGGAUAACACUGGGGGACCCAGUAUAGACAAGUGGUCAGUGUUUAGACAUUUUUUCCUACAUAUUGGAAGAAAUUGAGAACUUUUUUAAUAAUUGUGGACACUGGUCCAAGAGUAAAGCAAGCCAAAUGAGUAGUAAGAGCUUGGUAGUGCUAUACACCUAAAUCUAAACUUAUCAAACUUGAUUUUUCAUGUAUUUUAUGCUAAAUAGAGAGGCAAUGUUUUUCAAGGUUUAGCUAAAUAAGUUGGAGCUAUUAAAGUAAUUGUUUCUUUCCUGCUUUAAAGACAGAUAUAAUAUAAUAAAGAGUUAUAAUAAUAUUCUUCCAGAGAAAACAAUAAUUACUUUUCCAGUCUAAUACAUGCAUGUGCGUGUAUGUGUGUGCACGUAUAUACAUGUGUAUAUAUAGAUGUUUGGAUGGGGAUAUUGAUGUGUAAGUAUCGGUGUGUGCAUAUGUACACUCCCUGUGUUUUCUCACAAAGUACUUUGUAGUUUGUUAAUUUUUAAGGGGGAUGCAUCUUUCUAAGAAGUAAGUGUUUGAUUCAUUUUCCUCCAUGCAUCAGCACUGUUUGGUAUGUUAAUUUUAUUUUAAUUAUGUCAGAUGUGUCUUAGGCUCUUUUAAUUCUGUUUAUUAUUAAAUGUUUGUUCAAUUGUAUGGGAAGAGAGACCAACACUAACUGUUCUAGUCAUUAAAAGAGAACAAAAGAUGAUUACCUUUCAAAUCAAUCCUAGUGGAUGAAGCAAUGAAAUCCAAAUAUGAAUAAAAGACACAUAACCUUUCAGAA